AUGCGUGUAUUUCCACGUAUUAUUAAAUCCACUUUUAAAAGUCAAUUUCAACAUCAAAAUGAAACGGUCAAUUUCAACAUGAAAAUUGAACAUAUCGCUUUGGCCAUUAUCAUAGCACUUUGGUUAACAUCAUCAGCAGGUGCAACAAAUUCUAUAGUAUCAACAACAAAUACAACAAUCGCAACAACAACUCCAACACCUCCAUGUUCACCAACUUCUGUUGGCUCUGCAAGUACUCUUUAUACAACAUCAUCUGGUAGUGGAACUUCUUACACAUGUUUUUCCUAUGCAUGGACGUCACCUGCUACAGGUCUAGUUACUCUUGCCUUUGAAUUCCGUCAUGAUCCAGAUCACUGGUUUCUUGAUGAUGUGUCAGUAUAUGCUGGACCUGUUCAAAUGUUGAAUAAUACAGGUUUUGAAACUGGUUCUCUUUCACCUUGGGUAAGAACAACACCAUAUGGAACAUGCUCAGGAGUAGCAGGCUAUGUGUGUAAUAGUUAUUCGCCUCGUAGUGGAAGUUAUCAUUUAUGCGAUGGGAGUAAUGGAUGUGCUGAUCGAAUUAGUCAACAAUUUACGGCUACAACUGGACAAAUCUAUGUUGUGAGUUUUUGGUUAAAAUCUGGUGCAACAGGUUCUACUAUAUCUGCAAAGGUUACUCUCUCGUAA